CGUCACCGCCCAGUGUUAGGGCGGAAGUGUGUACCGUGUGGUUUCCAGAGACUAUGAGACAGAUGUUCUGAAGGAAAUCACAAUGCUGUCAAGACCAAAGCCGGGGGAGUCCGAAGAAGAUCUUCUGGCCUUCCAAAACCAAUUUCUUGCUGCCGGAGCUUCUUCAGCCGCAACUGUUGUUAGGAAAGCAGAUAAAAGAAAAGGGGGCUCUGAAAACACGAGCGAGGGGCCUGCCAGAGGAGCAGCAGGAAAAGAUGUUGUGUCGCUGCCGGAUUUCUCUGAUUUGCCUCCUAUUCUGUCCCCGGGGCCAACUAAGAAAUCAAAGGUUGCUGGAGCGAGGGUUCAUUUUGCUGAUGAAGAUCCAGAAGACAUAUUCGAAAAGCAUGACCAACAUAUCACAGCCGUCAUCUCAAAAAUUAUCGAGCGGGACACAAGCACUUCCACCAUCACCGCUCCACUCCCCACUGGAGAAGCCUUUCCUCGAGUAUUUCACAGAUCGGAGAUAGCCAGUGCGGCUAUUCCAAAAUCUGGAAAGGUAAGCAUCUUUGCUCAAAAAAUGGCUGCCAAAAGGGCCUCUGAGGCAGCGAAAAGUGGCGACACCUCUACAGCCCAACCACAGCGUGGACCCUCUGUAAAUCCGGUGAAUGUCAUUCCCUCGGACGAAAUGAAAUCUUCGCAAACAACAAAAACAACAGAUGCCGCACGCACAGACAAGUCCUGUUUGGUAACAGGGGACGGCCUUCGAAGUUCAACAGGUUAUGAAGAAGCAGAGAGGAUACAUCAAGAAAACGUAGAGAAGCUGAAGGCUCUUUCCCAAGAAGAGAUAUUUCAGGAACGUGACCGGCUGAUGUCACAGCUCGACCCCAAGAUGGUUGCUUUCCUGAGAUCGAAGAGGGAGAACCAGACCACCCAGGAGAACACAAGUUCAGCGGAGGAACGCCAGACGGUCGAUAUGGAACAUCCUCAUUGUCCAGCAGCGACAAAUUCAUCUGAGCAGACUUCAAGUAAGGAUGAAGAAAAUCCAAGUCUGCCGUCAGUUGAGGACCUCCCGGUGAAGCCUCAGAAGGAGUGGGUGCAUAUGGAGAAGGUGGAGCUUGAGAAGCUGGAGUGGAUAAAGGACCUGCCGCAGAUCAGACAAAAGAAAACUAAGAAGGGAAUGCAAGCACGAUUCAGCCUGAAGGGAGACUUGAUACCUCCAGAUGCUGACAUGCCUACUCAUCUAGGGCUACACCAUCAUGGAGAGGAGGCGGAGAGAGCUGGUUACUCCCUACAAGAGCUUUUCCAUCUGACUCGCAGCCAGUUCAUUCAGCAGAGAACUGUGUCCUUGCAGGUCCUGGGGCGUAUCGUGAAGAAGGCCAAACAAGGAGAGUUUGCCUCUGUUCUUAAGGGAAGUGUGCUUCGACUUUUGCUGGAUGCAGGGUUCCUCUUCCUCCUACGCUUUUCUAUAGAUGAUCCCAUAGACAACGUUAUUUCUGCAUCGGUUGGCGCACUUCAUUCCUUAUUGGUUUCACAAGAAGACGAGGAAUACUUGGAUAAGACUUUUUCUUGGUAUCAAGGAACAAAAGUGUUUCCUUUCCUACCCAGCCAAGAGGAGGAGGAAGAGGAGGAGGAGGAGGAGGAGGAUGAAGAUGAGGUAGAAAAAGGCCUGAAUAAAACCACAGGAAAAGUGGACAAGCAAAAGGAUAAAGAUGAAAAGAAAUCCGAUCCUGAUGUUGCUCGAUAUGAUGCUAUAAAGGGUCUUCUGAAGACAAAGUUUCACCAUCGACUAAGAUACAUCUUGGAAGUUGUGAGGCCACCAGCCUCGGUGGUCCUGCAAAUUCUUGAUAUUCUGACGAGAGUGGCCCGCCAUUCUGCAGCAGCCUGCAGCCAGCUCCUAGAUUGUCCUCGGCUAAUGGAGACGAUUGUACGCGAGUUCCUGCCCAUGCAGUGGAGUACGGCAAUGGAUACUGAUGAUCCUGGUCCUUCCAGUCUCCAUGGCGUGCCCUGUGCCGCAGCAAUAAAAUUUCUACGGGUGUUGGGUACCUCAGGUCGUCAUGCUGCUGCCAGACUAUUGAACACCUUUGACAUGAAAAGCCGACUCAGCAGAUUUGUGGUUCAGGAACCCCAAGAUCUUCCCCUUUUGAAGGGAGAAGCAGAGCGUUUAAGUACGGAGACCUUUCGCCUCUGGGCUAUAGCUGCCGGCUAUGGCCAGGCCUGUGAUAUAUACAGAGAUCUGUACCCUGUUCUUGUGGGAAUCAUCCAGUCCUUUCCUCCUCUGAUCACUUCUUGCAAAAGGACUCCGACCUUGGUGACUGUUUCCAUCCAGCGAGCCGCUGCAGUGAUUACUCUGAUCUCUCACGUGACUCAGACUGCAGGCUGUACAGCCGAGCUGGAGGCUCAACUCCACAGCACACCUAUUGAUACAGAGCCUCAGGUUCCUCCACCUCCUGUGUCCUGGGCCGACAUCACUGGGCUGCUACCUUUAGUGGAAGGAUGUCUGAUGAGAUGUCUCCAAGAAAUAUCAGAUUCCAGCACCUGGGAACUUCUCCAACCCCUCACCACUGCAUCCAUCAACUUCCUGGCUUCUUACUACAAGGCAGCUUGCCGACAGCCGUCACUGAAUACUGUCUUAUGUAACGAGGAAGUUGAGAAGCUGACUGAUGGCGUACUACUACCAUUCCUGCAUCAUGUGGCUGUGCGGUCCAUGUGGGAUUCUCUCUGGUCUUGCUCUGCUGCGUGCAAUCCCCUUUCCUGCUCCCCAUUGCCGGAGUCUGUCAGCAGCAUUGUGACUUUGAGUUGCGCAGGAGAAAAGCCACCACUCAGCUUGGCUGGAGUAAAAUCACCUUACCCCAUCCUGACAUCCGUGCUCAAUCUCAUCUGCAGCAUCACCAACAUACACAAGGGACUGGUCAGCAAGUUCUCUUUUAUCCUUCAAUACAAAGGACUUGAAAAAUACCUACUGAAGAUAAGUGAAUGCCCGACUCCACCAGUGACUCCAUCCUCCAGCUGGCUCCUUCGACACGAGUACCACUUUCAGUACUUUGCAUUGUCUCUGCUAUAUAAAGUGGCGGCCAUGUAUCCAGAACAUUCCCAGCAUGCAUCUCUAUGUCAUUCUGUCUCCAUUACCUUACUGAGUCGACUCUUGCCUGGCAGCGAGCAUCUGGCCCAUAAGAUUAUUUCUUCCUUUACGUUCAAUCCGACUUUUUUGCCAGAAGGAAGUUCGGGAGGUCCACAAGCAGCGGAUUUGUCAGAUAUUUUGCACAUUACAUCUGACACCAAACGAGCAGCCCCUCGUUCAGCUGCUGCAACCUCCACCUCUCCAAGCCGUGGUGCUUUGUUGGAAGAAGCCUUCAAAGAUCUCCCUUCCAUCCGGGCUUGCUAUUUGACUCACUUUGCACACAUGGAACAAGCUCUCCACCACUCCAGGGUUGUCUACCAGGAAAGGACUUGUUUCGUCCAGACUGCUUUACUUCCAGAAGCCAAAGGUCCGAUUUUGCCAUCUGACUGGUCGUUCCUUCCAUUAAUCAACCUCUACAAUAAAGUGACCAAUGCGGAGACCAAAGGAAAUAUCGUGAACACCCUCCCCCCUGAUCUGGUGAACACAGUAACUAGGAACUUGCAGUGGGUCUUUCUUUUGGAAACUUGGCGCCCCAGCUCCUUGCAGAGCAUACCCACCGCAGCAAAGCUGGCGCGUCUGGCCUGCGUCUUUCUCACAGGCAGUGACCUCUUCUUAGAAGGCCCUGUCCAUGCAUACACGGCUGCGCUUACCGUUUUUUAUUGUCAACCAAAAUUUAUGGAAUCUCUAAAGCUUGAUGCACCUCUUCCCGGUCUGGCUUCAUUCUAUGAUUUUUACAUGGACCUUUUGGAGCAGUUUGAGGGGGUUUCGUUUGGAGACCCCUUAUUUGGAACAUUUGUACUUCUUCCCUUACAGAGACGUUUCAGCGUCCAACUUAGGCAAACUUUGUUUGGUGAGCAUGUUAGCAGCUUGAGAUCCCUGUCUGUGCCCCUUAAAGAGUUUCCCGUCCCAUUGACCUUGUACACAUCCCCUCCUGAAGACAACUUGAAUCUCUUACGUCUCUAUUUCCGGACGUUGGUGACAGGAGCCCUCCGUCAGGCCUGGUGUCCCGUGCUGUAUGUUGUGGCAGUUUCCCAUGUGAAUAGCUUUAUUUUUUCACAAGAGCGUGUGGCUGAGGAAAUGGAUGCAGCAAGGAAAAACAUGCUCAGGAAGACGUACCUCUUGGUGGAUGAGGGUCUGAAGAAGCAUCUCUUGUACUACAGACAACUCUUAGGCAGCAGUCCGCUGGGCUUUGAUUUGUACGACGCUCUUCCACCUCUCAGGGAAAAGUAUUUGAAAGCGGUAACACAGCGGCAACAGCAAGCAAAAGAGGCAUCAUAAAGCUGGGAAGCCAUGCUCAAGGACACAGACGCUGAGGCCAAUAUACUUUCUUGACACAUCAGCAAUACAACACCUUUGGAUGGUGGAUGACUUCACCGGUCUCCACAAGAACCAGAAGAUUCUGGGUAGUCAUCCACUUACUGCAGUACACUGCCUAGAAGACGGGUGCGAAAAGCAAAUAAAUCAAAUAAAGAGUAUACUAUGAGUACGUACAGUGCAAAACCUGGCACUGGGUCCUUAUCGCUAGAGGUGAGCGAAUUUCAUAUUGUGAAAUUCGUUUGUGAUUUGUUUACUUGUAAAAGCAGAAUUGCAUUAUGGAUUCUGUUACCACGGACCGUAAUGCAAUUCUAUGACGGAAUGUCUUUAGAGGUCCGUCAUAAUAGAAGUCUAUGGGCUGCAUAACGGAUCCGUCCCGUUUCCGUUAUGCAGGGGAGGACCCAGAUUGUGAGAUGUAUGGCCCUGUCAAUCAACAGGCAGGUGGGCGCUUCUUCACCUGUGAGGUGAAGAGCUCUGGCUAAUAAGAUGAAUCUAUAUAUAUUUAUAUACUGCCCUGUCACCGUCAUCAGUGAGUGCUGACAGCGUCCUUGUGAUCUGUAUGUCUCUGGCCUGUUCACUAAUUAGCCCCUGGGAGAUAGCAGAUCACUGCCGGCUCCUCUGCAUCUCCCGGUAGCUAGUGAGCGUGUCGGGCAUUCAGAUCGCACGGACGGUGUCGGCACUCACUGCUGACUGUGCAAAGAUGUCGGACAGGGCAGUAUAUAAAUAUAUACGUGUUUAUGGCCAGCUUUAGUCAUGUAUGAGGGAGACAGCGAGUGAGGAACAUCUUCACUCUGCUGUAAAGACCUCAGUGUCAGUUUUUUUCAUUAAAAAGUGCAAAAUCAAUAAAUAAACCAUAUUGGAAAAAUGUUCAUUAUCACUUACCCUACACAUUUAACAA